UGCGACCCCUUAGCGCUACUCGGCUCGAUCGGCUGUUUGACAUUUUUUGCUUUUUUUUGUUCUCGCCGUUCGAUUGCUUCUCCUCUUCUCCACACAGUUUGUUUACUAUUCCCGUGCGUGUUUCUCGCAUAAUCAUUAGAUCAUUUAAUUUAAUUUAGAUUAGAUCAUUAGAAAAUUUAAUUUUAUGAAGUGUUUACGUGCAACAGUUUGAAAAAUCAUGCAAAAAGACGGAAACGAGUGCUGUCUGACCUGUUUCCAAACCGGAAACUUAACAUUCCUUGGUGUUGAGAGCGCAGAAAAUCAGAACAUAGCCAGUGCUCUGAACAAGCACUUUUGGUUCACGGAAGAUGACUUCCGCCAGGCCCAUAUUUGCGCUUCCUGCUGGGAACAGGUCGACAGUUUCCAUCGGUUUUACGGAGCAGUCGAAGAACUCUAUCGAAAAAGUUUCAUGCAACAGAUCGUCUUACUGAAAAGCGAACCGGCAGAAGGUGACGACGAAGCUGUCGAAUUCCUGGAGGAAGAGGACGAUGGUUCGAUGUUCGUUGCGGCUGAAGAUGACGACAUUAAAAGGGAACCAAUUGAUGCCGGAAGUGACGGCGAUGAUAUCAAGAAAGAAGCGGCUGCUUGGACAGCGGAAGUGGAGGCGCACAGUGACUCGGAGCCGGCGGGUUCCGACAAGGAGGUUGAAGCGAAAGACCCUAAGCAGAAUAAACCGAAGACGGUUAAACCGAGAAAAUAUACGCUUAAGUCCAAGGAGGAGCGCUUGAAAGAGGACGAAUACAUCAGAAAGCACGUGAGCUACACUUGCGAGCAGUGCGGGACAAGUUGCUUAACGUUCACGCUGUUCCAGAAGCACUCACUGGACGCCCAUGGGAACAAAUCGGCUUUCAUUGAGUGUUGUGGGAAUCGGUUCUACAGAAGGACUCGAUUGUACCAACAUGUGCAGACAAUAGAGAAUCCGGAAACGUUCCGGUGCGAGGCAUGUCAGAGGAACUUCACCGAUUCUGAAGGAAUCAAACGACACAUGAGGGAGUUCCACAUUUCCGAGGAGGAUAAACCGUUCAAGUGUGAUAGAUGUGACAAACGCUUCACCCGAGAAUACAAGCUCAAGUUGCACGUGCAGGAGCACAUUGACUGGGAUAACCAAAGCUGCAGAUGUGAACCUUGCGGAAAGGUUUACAAAUCGCGGAACAUUCUAAACAUGCACAUACAAAAAUAUCACACCAAGCCCACGAAAUUUAUCUGUGACAUUUGCGCCAAAGGUUUUCAUCUCAAGUCCGACUUUUUGCUGCACAAAAUGGAACACGAAUCGCCGGACCAGUUGAAGAUGCAGUGCGAAAUCUGCUCCCGAUGGCUCAAGAAUCGCCUGAGCUGGCGAAGGCACAUGCAGGGUCACCGGGGUCAGGAGAGCAAGUGUGACCAGUGCGGUCACGUGUCGCCGCAUCCGCGUGCCCUCAAGGGGCACAUCCGACGGCAGCACAACGAGCAGCGACAGCUGCACCGCUGCCAGUACUGCACCAAAACAUUCGUCCAGCUAAUUUCGCUGAAGGAACACGUUGCGUCGGUGCACGUAGGUGCCGCCCUGCACAGUUGUUCGAUCUGUUCGAAAUCGUUCAACUCCAGUGCCAAUAUGCACUCGCACAAAAAGAAUCGACAUCCGGACGAGUGGCUGCAGGAGCAUAACAGUAAGUUAUAUGGGAAAUAAUAUGUGAGUGUAUUUGACGAA